CGUGACAUGUUAUCUCCUACUCUUCACCCAGGCCGUCCUAAAGGAGCUCACUUGUCCUCUCCUCGCAGCAGCAUCCACUUGACCUCCGUUCCACUCCUCGCCAUGUUUGCUCAGUUGUGCUCCGUCUUGCUGGCUCUCUCCUCUCUGGCCGCUGCGUCUGAUCCAGGCUGCGACGAGCUGAUUAAACCCCUGGAGGACCGAAGCAAGAUCUAUGGGAAAUGGGUGUUACACGCUGGAGCAUCCGACAGCGAGCAGAACCUGAAGGCCAAGAAAAUCGUGAACAGCUCCUGGGUUAAACUCUCCGCCAUACCCAACAGUGAUGAAUUCACUAUGCACUACAUAGACAAAAUCGAAGGGAAAUGUGUUUGCGGAACAGUCGAGUCCAGCACCACAGGAAACGCCUCCAAGGUCAUCUUUCACUAUAACUCCACCACCUACGAGCACAUCGGCCGCUUUUUGGAGACGUGCGCUGACUGCGCCCUCUGGACAGACGACGCGGUGGCCGAGGUCAACGGGGAGGCCAGAAAAAGCAGAAACCUCUACAUCUUCACAAAGACGGGAAAACUGGACCCUGCCGAUCUGGAGGUCUUCAAGAAGCAGGCAAAGUGUCUCAACCUCUUACCCGACUUCUAUUACCUGGAAACUACAGACCUGUGUCCUGAAGAAAAGGAGCCUACCACGGCGCCCACAGAGGUUGACCCGACAGAACAGUAGUUCAAGUUUUCGUCUUCGCUCUCCACCCUCAUACCCGCUGUUCCCGAAGUCUUUGCAUCUAAUCAGCAUUCAAAUGUGAUUUCUGUGUUAUCUCCUUGAGGCAUAACUCGUUUUACUGUUUUUUUUUGUUUGUUUUUUUGGAAAUAAACUAUGUAGUCUGCUGCAAACCAUU